AGAGAGCUCAGAAAUAAACCCACACACAUAUGGUCAAUUAAUCUAUGACAAAGGAGGCAAAAAUAUACAAUGUGGAAAAGACAGCCUCUUCAAUAAGUGGUGUUGAGUCAGUUUUACCUUUUUUCAUGAAUAAGUUAUUAUGUUCCAGGAUGACAUAUGUGAUAAAAGUUUGUGUUUAAUGAGGGCAAAAGAAGCAAAUAUUCCAUGUGGUUAUUAUGCCAUUUAAGUUAGGGGAGUUUCUCACCAAAGUUUAGAAAUGUUUGCACUUAAACAGCAUUUAAGAGGUGGAUGCACACUCCACUUCUGCAUCAGAGUUUUAGGUCAUCAAACUGACCUUUCUUCUGCCUGUGGCAUAGCCAUCAUACAUGGCAGUGCAGGGGCAAGCAAAGGGCACCAUUGGCCAGCUGCUUUCCACUAGUUCUGCUGCCUCAUGGUGUUAUGUGGGAUAAGGUGCCCUUAAGCUUAUUCCUGAAACUGGUCAGUGUGGCUUACAUAUACUGUUCAUCGGAAACAUGGUUUUCCACUUGAUAUUUUACAUUUAGAGAUUCCUCAGGGGUAUAUCUAACUGAAAGUGAUAUUUUCAAAGGCAGGUUUCUUCAGAGAUUAGUCAGCAGAGGUUUAGAGUUGAAGGUUGCUACAUGGAAGUGAGGUCAACUCUGGGCCUUUGACACAUAUUGGACUUAGGUAAUCAGUGGGGCUGGGUCAGGGGACAUUAGGACAAUUCAUGCGUAAGGGAGAACGGGACAGUCUUUGCGUAAGGGAGGCUUUAAUUUGAGUUUAUGAUAGCAGAUUAGGGCUAUGUAGUUCUCGUAGGUUCAGCUCUCUAAGUAAUUAUGUCAUUGCCAAGGUCUGCCAGUUAUAUCUGAAGGGGGCAGAUUGAUGCUGCUGUUUUAACUCAUUGUUGAAGUGCUGUUUCUUUUCACUAACUGGGUAAAAUUUAUUACAAAAGGGAAAUCUUUGGUCUAGUUCAGCAUUGCCAGGCCCUUGCAUUUUGUCUUUUUAUAAAAGGAUGCCAAUGAUUAGUAUCUUCUCUGCAGCAUUAUGGUAACACGAAAUAAUUAGAAGUUGAAAAUAUACAGCCAUUGGGGAAUGAGUGGUUAAAUAAUUUACGGUAUAUCCUCAUUGUGGGAUAUUAGUCAAGUGCUAAAAAUGAGGUCUGCCUAUAUGUUGAGAUGUAAAAAGAGAACCAUAGUAUAUUGUGAAAAGCAAGAUGCAAAUAACAUGUAUAUGGUGAGCUAUUUUUUUUUCAGAAGAAAAUCAUGUGUAUGUACAUAGAAGGUGCUUAGGUAAUAUUUUAUUAAACCCUUAUUGUGUGCUAGCACUAUGCUCAAUACUCAGCAUACCCGUGUGAUCUCUUGUAGUUCUGACAGCAAUGCUCUGAGGUAGGUAAUUAUUUAACCUGCUUUAAAGAUGAGGAAACAGCAGCCUAGAGAGUGUAGGAAGCCUACCCCAGGGUGUGUAGUGGGUUAGAGGCAAAACAGGACUCCAGCCCUGAAGCCUGCACUCCCAGCCACCGUGUUUUGUGCACUUCUUGUUAACAUUUAUCUGCUGAAAGAGCAUACGGUGGCCUAGUAGUUAGUAGGGAUGUCAUAUGAGACUCAUAAGAUGGAUACUCAACUAGGUGCCUUCCAGAUCCUUCCCUCACUCUGCAUUUACGUCCAGGCUGCAGAAGCCUCCUGCAUACGUUUCUGAAAGUGCCGCUUCUCCGGACCCGACACUGUCCCCUCCAUCCCACCCACUCCCCCGCCCCCGCCCCAUGCCUCUUCGCCCCAUGAUGCUGUUAUUCAUUUUGGAAUUCAGAGGGCAGUUAGGCUGCUUUGUUUUCUGGCUUCUUGCAAGCUCUAGGAAUCUGCACGAGUACUUGAAACUUCAUCUUUCUCUUAAAGCACAUUUAGAACAUAAUGGCUGCCGUUGUAAAUGCUGCGGUAACCUAGGUCUACAGUUCAUAUUAAACAUUAGCUCACAUUGCCUCCAGGCUUGAAACCAGUGUACCCAGAAGAAAUUUACCAAAGGACAGUGAUGUUGAAAUAUUUUAAGUGCAAACAGCAGGAUUCCUGUGUGUUGACAGGGACAAGGCUAUGUUGUCUAAAGUCCCUGUUUGAUUCCUCAUUUUCCAUCCCUUCCCAGUGGCCUCUUCCUCUUUGGACCUUCUGCAGUCUUGUGACUGAGCAUUCUAGCUCCCUCUUUGUAAAAUGCCUCUGAUUAAAUGUGUAUAUGUAAAAUCUCUUACUUUAUCCCAGAAGACAUCGCUUUAAUAUGGUUUUAAUUCCCUGGAGGGAUAGUACUGCCACUGUUGACCAGUUGGAAAACUCAAGAUUUGGAAAAAAAAAAUUUUAAAUGCUCAUAAGUACAGAGGGGAUUUGGUUGCCAGAACUGUUCGUUGGGGCAAUUGUGUCCUCCCUUUUGCUUCCCACAGUCCGGUGCUUGAUGCACAAGGUUUUGGUUGAUUACUUUGUAUUGCAUUCUAGUGGGAACCAGUUUCUCCACCCAUUCUCACUCUCCGUGAUCUCAAUUCCCUAUUGUUCCUUGGGCCUGAGGAUGCAGCUAGAUCUGAGAGUGGGAGGGAGUGAAGUGAAAGAUGCUGUCAUUUAGUGUAGGAAUUGGUUCAGGAUAUAAUCCUGUCCACUUCUUUUCUUGGUCAAAGCAAAAAUAAUGCAGGAGUCACGUGAGCAGGAUGUUUCUCAAGUGUAUAGGACCAAUUUAUCAUAAGAAGCUUUGGGAAACUGGACUCUGAUGAUUUCCCCAUAAUGAAUCUGCCUCUCAGGAAUCCUUUUCCAAAAAUCAUUGUUCUCUGUAGCCCGUGCGGAUACUUUUUUAACAUCUUGCUUGUCAAUGUGAUUGCUAGCGUCUUAGAGAAGUUGACAGUUUCUGUGAUUUCUAUGAGCAGAAAAAUGUGGGCUCAAAAGCUUUUCCUCUAAAUGAAUCUGUUGUGUAACAUGCAAGCUGACUCAGAAUAUAGGUGCAUACUCUUGCUCUGAGAAGGCAGAAGAAGGGGAAGAGCCCAAUUCAGACAAGGUGUGGGCGAGCAGGCAGGGCACCGAAGAGCAAAGGCGUCCUGUGCUGUAAUCUCAGCCUAAACCAUAUCUCUGGGCAGGAGUUUUUUGCUUCCUAUUUAUUUGUAUCCCUGAGUAACCACAGACCCCCGCCUCCAACGUGGGAUGUUAACCUUGGUGCACUGAGGAGAUGAGCUGCAGAGCUAAAGCAGAGUCCCAGAGGAGCUUCACUUAUGCAGAAUCUGUACAACCUUCUUUGCCAUACAUUGGCCACAUGCUUAGGACUUGGGAGAUGAGAGCUAAGGGCUGAAAUUCCUCAAGGCACUUUCACUUUUCCAUAUAUAGGAGUCACUCAGGAGCAAGCUCUGGCCAGUUGGAGGGAGUGACACAUCCUUCUCCAGUCCCUCCCUUCUCAUCCCUCCGCACCUUUACUCUCACGUGCGCUUGCAGGCACUUAGGCAGAAGUGAGCCCUGUGGCUCUGCGGAGACGAGCCUGUUGGGUUUAAAGAAGGAAACAAACAAACAGAACCCUCAGGCCAAGUCCCAGCAUUAAAAUUGUUACCUUGAAGAAGCCGAGUGGACAGUUUGAAGAGAUGAAUGGACCGGUGGAUGGCUUGUGUGACCAUUCUCUAAGCGAGGAAGGGGCCUUCAUGUUCACCUCGGAAUCUGUAGGAGAGGGGCACCCGGAUAAGAUCUGUGACCAGAUCAGCGAUGCAGUGCUGGAUGCGCACCUCAAGCAGGACCCCAGUGCCAAGGUGGCCUGCGAGACGGUGUGUAAGACGGGCAUGGUGCUGCUGUGCGGGGAGAUCACCUCCAUGGCCAUGGUGGACUACCAGCGGGUGGUACGGGACACCAUCAAGCACAUCGGCUACGACGACUCGGCCAAGGGCUUUGACUUCAAGACCUGCAACGUGCUGGUGGCUUUGGAGCAGCAGUCCCCGGAUAUUGCCCAGUGUGUCCAUCUGGACAGAAACGAAGAGGAUGUCGGUGCCGGAGAUCAGGGCCUGAUGUUCGGCUACGCCACAGACGAGACGGAGGAGUGCAUGCCCCUCACCAUCAUCCUGGCGCACAGACUCAACGCCCGCAUGGCAGAACUGCGGCGCUCGGGGCAGCUCCCCUGGCUGCGGCCUGACUCCAAGACGCAGGUGACAGUGCAGUACACGCAGGAGCGCGGCGCGGUCAUCCCCGUGCGCAUCCACACCAUCGUCAUCUCCGUGCAGCACAACGAGGACGUCACGCUGGAGGACAUGCGCAGGGCGCUGAAGGAGCAGGUGAUCAGGGCCGUGGUGCCGGCCCAGUACCUGGACAAGGACACCAUCUACCACCUGCAGCCCAGCGGGCGGUUUGUCAUCGGAGGCCCCCAGGGGGAUGCAGGAGUCACUGGCCGUAAGAUCAUUGUGGACACCUAUGGCGGCUGGGGGGCGCACGGCGGGGGCGCCUUCUCCGGGAAGGACUACACCAAGGUGGACCGCUCGGCCGCGUACGCUGCCCGCUGGGUGGCCAAGUCCCUGGUGAAGGCGGGGCUCUGCCGGAGAGUGCUUGUGCAGGUGUCCUAUGCCAUUGGUGUGGCCGAGCCACUGUCCAUUUCCAUCUUCACCUACGGAACGUCCCAGAAGACAGAGAGAGAGCUGCUGGAUGUGGUCAACAAGAACUUCGACCUUCGGCCUGGCGUCAUCGUCAGGGACUUGGAUUUGAAGAAGCCCAUCUACCAGAAGACGGCAUGCUACGGCCAUUUCGGAAGAAGCGAGUUCCCCUGGGAAGUUCCGAAAAAGCUUGUGUUUUAGUGCUGGUGGGACCAGGCCUGGCCGCACCGUGGAGGCAUCUGGGUGGAACAGAGCCGCGUUCCUCUUUUCUAGGACCCCAACUCUCAGAUCUCCCGGACCCCGGGCUGGGCCUUGCCCACCCACUGCCGCCUCCCUGGCAAAGCCAGGCCCCUCUGAUUUAGCAGGAGGAGGGGGCCUCCUGGUGCCGGGCUCAGAUCUCCUCGUGAGGACAGUCACGAGGUUCCCCUGCCUCUCCCUCAGGCCAAGACGAUGCGAAUUUAGUGGAAAUCCCACCCGUGGUCGGCAGUAAAUCCCCUCGCUCACCUUCCGCCACGGCCUGGACGCUGACCAGCCCCUGCCUCCCUGGCGUGUGCCGAGGGCAGCACACGGCACAGAUCUCAGGGCUCCGUGUGGGCCUGGGUGUGCCGGGGCUGCCCCUCACGUCUGUGGCCAUGCGGUCAGCGUCCUGAGCCCAGGCCUUCCAGAGGCCCUCCCAGGCUGGGUUUGUGGCAGGGGUGAGAGCGUCUAGUGUGUAAGGGACUGAACUACUCACUGAUCUCAUUUCUUCUUCACUGCAACACAGUGAGGUGACCCCCUGUGUUACCUGCAUGUAUAGAUGGGGAAGCCAUCUAUACAAGGCUAGAUGUGAGAGCGGGAGCCCAUACACCGUGUCUCCCCCUGCCAGCGCCCCCAUCUCAUGCCAGAGACAGCUCUGAGUGAUGACCAAGUGCAUUGAGAUGAGGCUGUGACCUCUGUCCUGAAGACUUGAGGUCUCUGGGAAUUAGGGGAUUAAGCCCUUGGUGAGCCCUGGGCCAUGAUCUGCAGAGUCAGGACAGACCCAGAGGGGUGUUUCCUUUGCCUCUUUCAUUUCAGAAGACAGUUCGGGGUGCGCUGGCUAUCCUGGCCCACAGGGCUGGGCUGGAGUUGGGAAUUAAGAGGCAGCGGUAUAAUCCCAGCCCUGACCACUCAGGGACAUGCAGGGCUGGGCCUGUGGACCCCUGGGGAAAGGGUCCAAGGCCAGUCCUGUCCCAUCGGGCUUCCUAGAGCAGGAGCCGUGUUCCUCCUGCUUGGCCCUUAAACAGGGGGUGGAACCCUGUGUCCUCCACGGCUCGCUCUCUCUCUGGCCCCUCUGUAACCCCUGCAGUCUGACUGCUGUUAGGAUCAGUGGGUGAGCCCCUCAGACCCCACUUCCAGAGAGGACAGCCCUAAGGCCUGAAUAUCAAAUGUUAAAUGGUGACUCAAAGUGGCAGGGCUUGACUCCUAAUGGGAGAUAAGUCAGGAUGUCAAGAGGCGGUUUCUGCCUUUACCGGGCAGCCUCUGGGGGCAGCUCUACCCCUGAGGUCCUGGGUGCUCCUUUGCGCACCGGGGUCUUGGAAGCUGCACAUUCCCCAGCCUUUCCAUCUGUGGCUGGUACCCACUCCCCCCAUCCCCCUUCCUCAGCCUGGGCCUCUGACAGCUGCACCUCUACGUUCUCCCCAGACCACAGGCUCAGGUAGGGGCCUCCAUGGGCUUCUGGAGAACGCUGGGGACUGGCCUUCUUUCUGGGGCACACGGUGCUGGAUCUGGCUGGGAGACACAGCCCAGGAAGCCUCACCUGGGUGGCAGGCGGCCAGCAGCUGGGCUCUAGGCCUGAAGCACGAAGACCCUCGGCUUUCUCUUCCCCUCAGGGAAAAGGCAGCUUGUUCAGGGCAGAGAAAGAAGCCCAGAUCUCCAUAAAAGCCUAGAGCUGGUGUGUGUGAUACGGAAGCUCAGGUCUCUCUCAGGGCUCCAGGUCACCCAGGAAGCCUUGAGUUCCUUUCGGGAGAGGGAGGCUCAGCCUUGCAGGUGGCUGAGUUCCUCUAACUUGGGCCAUAUUCGAAGUGAAAAUUCAGAAUUUUAUACUUUCCCCACCCACUGGAGAAACAAGGUUUUUUUGGGUCAACACUGUUUAUAUGAAACUAGAGUCUAUUUGUUAAUAGUACCUGCUAAACCGGUGAAUAAAAACACAAGGAGCAACUA